AAUAUGUAGGAAAUAUCGAGUACCCCAGAUUUGUGUGUUGAGUAUCCUGGUAGUUUCCUUCGAUCAAUUUUUAAUUAAUGUUUCAACUAUGAACAUUGGAAAUGUCUGACGACGAAAAGGAUUUUGGUAUUUGUGAAUACUACGAAGACGAGCGUGACAUGUGCAACAGAAUCUUCCUAGAUGAUGAUAGGCGCUUCAGCAUCAAGCUGGACGAGAACUUCGAAAAGGAUACAGUAAGUCACAAUGACAAGUCUUUUUUCGUAAUUAAGCAUGCCAUCUGCUUCAUUUGCUUCAACUUAUAAUUUAUUUUUUACUAUUUUACUAGUGUAUCCCCUGCCAUGCAAUAGCUUUUGUCUUGGAUAAGAUAGGUUUCAGUCCUAUGAAAACUACUAUGGAGGUAAAGAGAGUUUACUUGAAGACCGAGCAUGGUUAUACUUUCCAUGAAAACUAUACAAUGCAAACACCUACACCUAUUUUGAAUGCAAAACUUGGCAAGCACUAUGUAAGACUUAUGCAUUUGAGCCUGAUAUGUUUAUCACCUUUGAUAUUCGUCUGGAAGACGAUAUUGAAGGUAAUAUCGACAUCUGGGUCAAUGUGCAGACACCUCCAGUUAUACUAUUGUCUUAUUUCCAUUCAAGCAAACAUGUCCGGCGCUUGGUAGACAUGACCGUCCACUGUCCCGAGGCUGAACAAAACUGCGAGGGACUCCCGAUGAAUGUUGUGCCUCAUUGGAUCGAGACUAAAGGUCGCAUGCGAAUGGUUAGCUUAUGGCCAAGACAUCCUAGUGCAUUCAGGAUUUCUAAAAGCGAGGAAUGCUUAAUAGUGAAAUACUGGAGCAAAAUUGUGAACGAUCGUAGAGAAGUACUAGGGGCAGCAAAUAGAAGCGCAGCCCACGAUUAGGAGACAGGUUCAUCUGCAUGCUCCAACAUGAUGAAGCAGGAGUGGUACACAUGUUUUAUGCUAUUUUACCUGAGAGAGAGCAACAUGAGUGAUUAGCUAGCUAGAAAUGAGUUAUGAUGAUCAAAUAGCUAGUGUUGAUGGUAAUGACUAUGAUGAUUAUUAUUAGCUAGCGUUGGUUGUGAUUAGAUAGCUACCGCAACUAGUGUUGGUGGUGAUUAGCUAGCUAAAAUGAGUUUGAAGAUGAUGAUGUGUGCUACACUAUGGCUAUGAUGAUUAAAUAGCUACUGUUGGUGGUAUUGACUAUGAUGAUGAU